AUGUCCAGUUUGUCAUUGCUCAACUCUUCGGGGGUCAUGCCUUUUUUGACCUUAACCGCUGUUUUUUUGUUCAUCGGUCCAGUGUUAUUCAUAGGGAUCGCUACCAUGUGGUCAAAUCUCAAACAAAAGAUCUCUAAUGAACUUUCCGCACAUGUCAUCAAAAUUCUCAUCGAUCUUGGUAUACUACCGGAAAUCGGAAAGAGGUCACUUCAUGACCAGAUCUUUACUGAACUUAACGAUAAAUUUGACACAUGUAUUUCCGAUAUUAAUUCUACUUUCACUGCGAAGCUUGACAGAAUCAAUAAUGAACUUAAUAAUAAACUUAACGAAGAAGUUAAUGCAGGGUUCGGCAAGAUUAAUACCGAACUUAAUAGUAAACUUACUGCGGAAGCCGAAAAAAAACAAGGCACUACUGUUACCAAAAGGCUUGAUAGGAUCGAAGAAGCCUGCCAUAAUGAUUUUGGAAACAUUUCAGCCGAUUUUGAUCAACAAAGCGUGUCCAAUGAAUCUGAAACUAAUGGAUCUGGACUGGGAAGUUCGCUAGACUCUGCCUCAGCUUCAACUAGUUCAAGCUCUUCAUCUGAAGGUUCCAAUUUAUCUGGAAUUUUUGAUAUUACUGGAGACAUUAAAAUUCGCUUUAAACAACACUUUGAUCGACUUAUGAAGGCGAGGAAUUAUACUGUUGAUGAGAUGUGUUUCUCGGUAGCAAUGGAUAUUCGUAGUCUUGGAGGGAAUAUUAAAAUCUCAACAGUGAAAACUUUUUAUAGUGGUGUUGGUCGCAGUACAGUUAGUACUGUUAAUCAGAUAAACGCAUGGGUAGCUAGUUUUAAUAAUAAUGCGGAGUAG